GGUUUUAGUCUUGCCACGACAGUCGAUCAGUUAAUAUGGACUCGCUGCGACAUUACCUGAGCUGAUGUUUCACCAACUGGCAUAUCAUUAAUUUCGUUUAACAUAUGUGCGUGUUUUUAUAUACUUGACUAUAACUCAAAUACCUGGCAGUUAAAACCAGCGAAGGUUGUAAGCAAACGCAGUUGAAAACGUGUUUGCUACGCUAUAAAUGAGAUAACAACAAUAAUAACAGAUAUAAAGAUGGAGAGUAAAACUUCAACAGGUGCCAUUAACAAUGCUUAUGAAUUGGAUCAGACUGAAGUAGCUAACCCAAAUCGUGAAUUACAUAAGACUGAUUAUCAAGUUGAUAAUAUCCAUGAUCAUGAACCAAUGCAGAAUGGUGGCGCCACGGAAAGGCAGGGGAACAAAAAAUUGAUACGUUGGAUUAAAAUAGGUUUUCAAAUACUUUUACAAAUCGGUAUUGUCGGCUACUUUUCCUAUGCCACAUAUCACUAUCACGAUCUGAAUAAAUAUGACUGCAAAUAUAAUAUUAAUCUGCCGCUAUGUGGCAUACGAUUCUGCACCGGCUAUGGCAUGCUCGUACUGCUGCUGGGCUUCAUCUAUUUGGGUCUAUUCUACUAUCUGAUAUUCAAGCCCAAAGUUGGACGAUCAUUGCAUAAGAACUAUCUGCAUCCAGCGUCCGUUAGAUGGCAUAAGUUCUCCAGAACGCGCGUCGUUUCGACUGCCUGCAUCGUGAUAUUGCUCAUACUUCUGGCCAUAUUUUUGUUCUUCGAGACGAGGGAAAAUCCGAAAAAGCUGAUCUCCUUGGUGGCGCCAUGUUUCUUCGUAUUCUGCGGCUAUGUGUUCUCCACGAAGCGCAGCGCCAUCAAAUGGCGUAUUGUGGUUACGGGCAUUACGUGCCAGUUUCUGUUGGGCAUCUUCUGCAUACGCUGGGAGGUGGGUCGCCAGAUCUUCGAGUGUUUGGGCAACAAGGUGGCGACCUUUUUGGGUUAUGGCACGGAAGGUGCACGUUUUGUGUUUGGCGAUUUUCUAAUUGACAAUGACGUCUUUGCCUUUGCCAUAUUGCCAGUGAUCUUCUUUUUCAGCUUCUUUAUAUCGGUGCUCUACUAUUUGGGCACCAUGCAGUGGGUGGUGAUCAAGCUGGGCUGGAUACUGCAGGCGAUAUUGGGCACAACGGUCUGUGAGAGCGUUACGGCUGCUGCCAACAUAUUUCUGGGCAUGUCCGAGAGUCCGAUGCUAAUAAGACCCUACAUACACAAGCUGACCAAGAGCGAGAUACACAGCAUUAUGGUGUCGGGCUUUGCCACCGUUUCGGGCACCGUGCUGGCCGCAUAUUUAUCCUUUGGCGCAUCUCCGGCGCAUUUGAUCACAUCAUCUGUGAUGGCCGCGCCCGCCACACUGGCCAUAUCCAAGCUGUAUAUGCCCGAAACUGAGGUUAGCCAAACCUCCAGCGAUACCAUAGAGCUCGAGAAAUCCGAGGAUGCCUCUUUAUUGGAUGCCGCUUCGAGUGGCGCCUCCAAUGCCGUGCCCAUUGUGCUGGGCAUUAUUGCCAAUAUUGUGGCCUUUGUGGCAUUCGUUGCCUUUUUGAACGGCAUUGUCAGCUGGCUGGGCUUUCUCAUUGGCCACGAGGAGGUGGACUUUGAGUGGAUAUUCUCCAAGCUCUUCAUACCGCUGGCCUGGGCCAUGGGCGUGCACAAGGACGACUGCGAUAAUAUUGCCAAAGUGAUCGCCACCAAGACCAUCAUCAACGAGUUUGUGGCCUACGAACGUUUGGGUCUACUGAUUGAAAAUAAUCAAAUUCAAGCUCGCAGCGCCGGCAUUGCCACCUUCGCCAUCUGCGGCUUUGCCAAUCCCAGCUCCUUGGGCAUACUCAUUGGCUCCUUGAGCGCGAUGGCACCCAAGAGGCGGUCCACCAUCACCUCGGUGGCCUUUCGCGCUUUUAUCGUGGGCAGCAUUGUCUGCUUCAUAUCGGCCAGUUUUGCAGGCAUUUUAAUCCAGGAGGAGGAGCAGCAGGUGAUUUAUACUAAAAUCUUCGAAAAACUGGGACAGCGCAACGUGACCAGGUUUAAGUUUAAACUUAGUUAAUAUAUAGACUUACUUAACUAGAAUUUGUUACAGUGCUUAGCUAAUUGCUGUUAUCAUAUCUGCCUGAAUAAGACAGAUUUUUUAAUUAAAAAACGUUUAGAUUAAUUAAAAA